AGAAGGAAGUAAUGUUGCAGAAACUCGUUCUAGUCCUUGUCAUGCAGAAGGUGUCAUACGUGAGUCUGUAGAAUCUCACUCAAUUCCCUCUGAUAUAGAAGUUGAAGAAGAACAAAUUGAAAAAGAAGUAGAGCCUAAACGGGCUAGAGGUCCUACAAAAAUGUUAGAUGUAUGGGAAAUGGAACAUGGUGAUUUAAUAAUCGUUAAUUUGGACAAAUAUGGUCGACCCAUUGGUGAGGAAGGGACAACUCUAACUCGUUUCAUUGGUAGCGUAGCUAGAAGGUAUCAAUAUGCUCCUAUCAACUACAAGUCAUGGAAAGUUAUGCCAAAUGAUUACAAAGAAGAAAUGUUGAAAUUAAUAGAGAAGAAGAAGUUGCAUCUCUUGUACCAGAUGAUAGGGUUGACCCAAAUCAAUAUCGUGGUUUGGUUCAUCAUUGGUUUUCUGAUAAAGGACAAAAAAUAAGUAAAAUUAAUAGGAAAAAUCGUGCUAAAUUUGAAGAUGUUCAUUGUAUGGGUUCAAAAAGUCUCCCAAAGUUUAUUGAUGAGAAGAUAAAAAAGGAAAAAGGAGUGUUGUCUGGACGUAAAGAGAUUUACAUUGAUACCCGUACUCGAAAAGAUGGAACAAUUGUCAAUGAAAAGGCUGCAAAAUUGAUUGAAGAACUAAAAAAACAUAAUAAUGAGGCUGGAACUUCUCAAUCAACCCAAGACACACAAGGUUCUAUGUCUUGGAAGGAUGACAUAUUUUAUCAAGUACAAGGACCUGAUAAAAACGGACGUGUGCGAUGUAUGGGCAAGAUUCCUCAUUCUAAAAAAUCGAAGGUUUGUGCAUCUGAAAAUGAAGAGUUGCGCGAAAGAGUUAAGAAUAUGGAAAACUUGUUAGCAAAUGUGAUGACUUUAAUUCAAAAUCGAUUUUCUGGAGCAGAUGUUAAUGAUAUAAUACAAGCUGCAAGACAGGUUCCUGAUGCUACUAGUGCUCAAAACCAUUUGAAUUCACUUAGUCCAAACAACAACGAAAAUAAUGAAAAUGGUGAAGAUUAAAAGCUAAUUUGUUGUUGAAGAUGGAAUAUUGGCAAUUUAGUGGACUCAAUUUCUUAAUAUUUUUUGAGAUUGUUAUGUAUGACACAAGAUGUCUAUUUUAAAUGUCUAUUUUUUGAGGUUUAGGAUUUUGUUU